AUGUCAGCUCACAACUCAAAGUUAUCAGCUAGCUCUUCUAUAACAGAAUUUACCAUUCUUAAAGCUUUCAAUGUUUCAAUCCACCCCCCUAGAAGCAUGCUGGUCAAAGAAGUCCUCUGGAGUCCUCCAAUUCAUUCUUGGAUUAAAGGGAAUUGUGUUGGUGCCUUUGCCUCUGGGAAAGCUGCCUGUGGUGGUAUCUUUAGAAAUAGACUUGGUCAAUUUUUGGGAUGUUUUGCUGAAGGUUUGUCUUAUGGAAACUCUCUUUUUGCUGAGCUUUGUGGUGCCAUGAGAUCUAUAGAGUUUGCUCAAUCUAAGAGUUGGAACAAUUUCUGGCUGGAAACAGAUUCUAUGCUAGUGGUGCAAGCUUUCAAGAAUUCUGCAAUUGUGCCUUGGCAGGUUCGAAACAGGUGGAACAACUGUCAAAUUAUUAUUUCCAACAUGAAUUUCCUUGCUUCACAUAUAUACAGAGAAGGGAACUCAUGUGCUGAUGUUUUAGCCAAUAUAGGUUUAACAUUGGAUACAUAUGUAUAUUAUUACUCUUUACCUUUGCAAGUAAGGAGUGAUUAUGUUAAAAAUAGGCUUGGGUGGCCUAGUUUUAGGUUUAAUCACUCUUGA